AGUAAAAAUCAGAUGAUGCUGAAAUCCACACAGCUAGCUGUACACCGACGUUCCGAAAACCCGACGUAAACAAGAAAGCAGAUUGGAGAGAAGGGAGAGAACAUCUUAUCUUUAGAAACAUUGUGAACAACUGAAACAAUAAUGUUUAGUGGCGGGUUUAGGUCUACAAAAUUCUCCACAACAGCUCGUCUGUCAAUCAACAGGUUGAAGCUUCUGGAGAAGAAAAAGACUGAACAGGCACAGAAGGCAAGAAAGGAGAUUGCUGAUUAUCUGGCGAUGGGUAAAGAUGAGAGAGCAAGGAUCAGGGUAGAGCAUAUUAUCCGUGAGGAUUACCUUGUUGAGGGCAUGGAGAUCGUGGAGCUGUAUCUAGACCUGCUGCUCGCUAGGUUAGGUCUGAUCCAAGCCACAAAGACCCUGGACCCCGGGAUCGCAGAGGCAGUAGCCAGCGUGAUCUGGGUCACACCGCGAUUGUCUGCCGAAGUGGCAGAAUUGAAAUCAGUUUCAGAGCAACUUGUUCUAAAGUAUGGGAGAGAAUUUGGGGAUUGUUGUAAAAAGGGAGAGUCAGAAUCCAUUAAUGAAGGGUUGAAGCAUAAACUAGGCGUACAGGCUCCAUCAAGACGUCUGGUUGAGAGUUACCUCGUAGAAAUUGCAAAGAGUCACAGUGUUGCGUAUGAGCCUGAUCCAUCAAUUCUCAGUCCUCCAGAGAUUGAGGGUCUCCUGAUGGAUCUUGGAGAUGAAGUCUUGUCAGGAAACAAAAAGGGACCAGGAGGAGGUGGCGGCGGUGGUUCAACUGCCCCGCCCCAGCAGCAUAGCUACCCACCUCCUGCUCAUGCUUACCCCCCUCCAGCCCAGGCUUAUCCCCCUCCAGCCCAGGCCUACCCCCCUCCAGCAAACCCGGCCUACCCCCCUCCAGCGAACCCGGCCUACCCUCCACCUGCAAUGCAGAGUUACCCCCCUCCACAAUCGGCGCCUGGAGCUCCUCCCGGUGCACACAGUCCGGCACCACCCUAUUCAGAGAAUGAUCCAAUGUAUCCGACAAAGACAAACCAAGGAAAUCUUGCUCCAUCUGCCCCUAAGCCCGAUCUGUCGGUUCCUGACUUACCACAAGUCCCAACCAACAGUUUCCCUCCGUUGGACAACAGCGUCGGGGGAAACUCAGCCGGAGGAGAGGAUGUGGAUUUCGAUGACUUGAGCCGGAGGUUCGAAGAGUUGAAGAAAAAAAAGUAGAAAGAAAGAAAAAAUUCAUGUUAAAUAUAAGUGCAGCUCAAAAAUGUAUAUCGAUUUGUAACAAGGACUGCAUUUUCAGUUGAGCUCAAAGAAUCUGUACAGCACCAGUGUCCUGUGAAGUUUUUUUUCUUAAAUUUCACAUAGAAAAUGUAUUAUAUACCUGGAAUUUUGAAUUUAUCUUAAAAACAAAUCAACUGACACUAAGGAAUUUCAGAAAGGGUCCCUCUCUGGAUAUUUCUGUCUAUCUUUUUAGCUUUAAAAUGUUGUAGAGCGUGACAGCCUUUGGUCAUGUUGGUAAUCACUCUUAAAAUAGGGACUUUUCGUUUUCGGCGACGAAUGGUUCUGCGACGGUUGUUCAGCUAAACG